AUGGCCAGGCCGCUUUCACAGCUCCUUCCCCCGGACCUUCCCUCUGCCGGAGCCAGUCCGCAGUUUGGCAACAGUAGCCAAGCAGGAGUCACACAUAACGGAGGACACUUAAACUCCACAGGAAACUUAAAAUCUCUCCUGCAGCUUCCAGUCAAAUGUGAUCAGCGCGUGAAAGACUGUGGUGAAAUGAAGGGUAAGGAAAGGUUAGAUAUCGAUGAGGACUCUCUCGGCCGUUGUCCUCUGCGCAACGGUUGCAGCAAUGGACUAGUCAGUGACAGCAAUGGAGCAGGAACGGGCAGCUUCUCAAACAACAGCAACAACAACAACUCCUUCCUGGGCCCGUUGCUAUGGGAACGAACAUUGCCCUGUGAUGGCGGGCUGUUUCAGUUGCAGUACAUGGAUCUUGAGGAGUUCCUGACGGAGAACGGGAUGAGCAGCAUGCACAAUACCUCCAACUCCACCUCGGCUCAGAUACCCUCGCAAAGCUCUCAGUCCGCCGUUCCCAACCAGGGCUCCCAGUGCCUCCCCACAUCACCACCACACUGCUCCUCUUCCUCGUCACCAACAUCCGCCACUGCCUCUUCACCUUCACUGCUCGGGCUGGACAUGCACACGCCCCAGAGCAUGAUGGGAUCUACAGACUGCUUGCAUGGCACUCCGCCAGGCAGCUUAGAGCCCACGCCUUCACCUUCCUCCACCACAUGUCCACCGCUCCCUACUCCACCCGCCACCAACUGCAAUGAGCUGCUGGCGCCAUUUGACCCCGAUCCAGCGGACGUGGCGCUAUCCAGUGUACCUGGACAGGAGGCCUUUGAUCCACGCCGACAUCACUUCUCUGAUGAGGACCUCAAACCUCAGCCCAUGAUUAAAAAGGCCCGUAAGAUGCUCGUCCCUGAAGACCUGAAGGAUGAGAAGUACUGGAGUCGACGUUGUAAGAACAAUGAGGCAGCAAAACGCUCUCGCGACGCUCGCCGGCUGAAGGAGAACCAGAUCUCAGUGAGGGCCGCGUUCCUGGAGCGUGAAAACGCUGCUCUCAGACAGGAGGUGGCCGAUAUGCGCAAAGAGCUCGGCCGCUGCCGUAACAUCCUCAACAAAUACGAGAGCCACCAUCUGGAUCAGUAA